AUGAUCGACGCUCGAUGGAACGACAUGGACGUCGGCCUCUUCAUCGACAUCACCACCUUGCGCAGGAACAAGACAGCGGAUGCUUUGGGGACUGAUGGCGCGAUGAUGGUCAAGGAUAAGCACCAUUACAUGUACGACGACAUCUUUCCGCUCCGGGACAGCGUCUUCGAAGGCGUUGCGGUCAAGGUCCCGUUCGCAUACACGGACGUUCUGAUAGAGGAAUAUGGCGCAGACGCAUUGACGAAGCGCAUCUUCUACAACUUCGUAUUUGAUGCCGAGAAAGGGGAAUGGAUCGGCCAAGCUCGUUCUGGAACCACAGAUUGA